AUGUCUCAGUUAUGUUACAUUCUGGAUGCAUCAUGCAUGGAGAAGGGCAUUGGUAAUGUUAAGAGAUGGUUUGAAGCGGAUUCAACCCGUCAAAUUUCUCAACUAAGCUUUUACAUCCCAACUUACACUCUACAAGAAUUGGAUUUCUUGAAAUAUCGCAGGAAUAGUUACACAGCUAAAGAGGCACUGCGAUUCAUCGAUGGCACGGACUUCCCACAAAAUGUCAACUUAAUAAUCGAGUUUCCAGAGCUUCUUGACACCAUACUGUGGUCAAGUGUGCUUGAACACCAAGCUUUCGAAGUACCUGAAUUUGAUUUGAGACCCAAUUCACCGCAUUCGAUUCCACGUCGUCUGCGAAAUUUACUCAAGAGCUGCACCUACAAAUGCCACUUAGAGGGCAGCAACAAUCAGGAAUGGACAUUGGUAACGGAGGACCCUCAAAUUCGCCGUCUUGCAGAUGCGUUUGCCAUUCCACAUUGUUCGCUCGUUUCAGCGGACCAAGAAAUUUGCAAGAAACUCGACAAGCGGGCUUUCCAGCAGAGCGUCAAGUUCAGUGACUCGCUGAAGAAGAAGAGUGUAAAGGGUUCUUCUGGCGGGAAAGAUGUGUAUCGAGCCAAGUUCGACCAGGUCAUGUACGCGAGUCGAGGUCCUGGUAACCUGUGGAAGCCUUAG